AUGGCUCCGGACGGACAAAAGACGCCGCCCGUGUCCGAGUGGUCAUCGAGAUACCGCGGGGCCACGGUUGAGGAUCUCGACCCUCCACCUGCCCUGUCGCUCAACCCUACCGACGCCAUCUCCGUCGCCCUCAUGUCGGCCUUUGAGCGCGACUACACGCACCUGACCGUUGUCGACGGCGAGACGCGCUCCCUUCUGGGCUACAUCUCCAUCCCGCGCCUGCAGUCCCUCCUGGAUGCCGGCACCGUCCAGCCCUCCGACCCGCUCUCCUCGGCGAUGAUGCGCUUCCAGCGCAGGGGCAGGAAGUAUCAGAUCAUCACCACGGCCACGACGCUCGAGGACCUGGAGGCCUUCUUCCGAGGCGACGGCGGCGAGUCCAAGCCCGACCCCGACGCCGCGGCGCCCUGGAGCCAAGAUUUCGCCGUCGUUACCGAUGAGAAUAGGAGAUUCGUCCUGGGCGUGGCUACCGUUUCCGACCUGGAGGAGUUUGUCAAGAGGAGGCCUGCGUAG